AUGUCGACGACUACUCAGGGGACGGUGUGUGCACGAGAAAGUGAUCCCUUAAAGACGUCACUUGCAAGUUCCGAAAAACGAGUGUCGCAGUGGGAAGUCCUCAUGCGGAAAUUCUCAGAAGCCCACAAAGAGGAAUGCAAAACGGUGACGCUGGACAUCCCGCGAGUGAAACGUGCCGAGAAGACGUUCCCUACCGGUUCGUCGUACAAUGGGACCUGGGAUGUGCUUGGGAUGAGCGGCCAGGGCACCUACAAGUUGCCAAAUGGAGUAAUAUACGAAGGCGAAUUCGACGACGGAACGUUCCACGGUCGAGGCGAACUCCGAUACCCGUGCGGAACCGUGAUAUUUGGCAAAUGGGUGCGCGGGGAGUUAGUGGAGAGAACAUUGGUGUUCCCAGACGGGCUGGAGUAUGCUGAGACUGACUGGCCGUACUGCAGGAUGCCAGACAGGAGGUACACAAUAGAGAUAGACGAAGGACUGGAGCCGGCAGGUCGCUCGUACCUCACGGCAGAACAGCCGACUCGCAAAAUCCCACCAGGAUUUUAUGACACGGGCGAUGGCUUUUACAACCCGGACAGCAAAAUUGUGUUCUCGGCGGAAGACCUAACUCGGAUUGUUAGGGUGCCCUGCGCCCGCGAACAGAAGUGGAUCACGGAUAACUGCCGCACCAAUCCCAUGAGGCCCCUGGGACCCAUACCGGACCUCUACGAGGAGUGGUCCUCACCCAAAACGAAGCCGGAUAAGGAGGUGACAAAAGCGGGGCCCAACCAGCCAAGCUUUGCCUAUUCUAGAAGCAAGUUGCAUUUGGUGAUUGACGACAAGGUUUCAGACACCGCUUUUGCCCACCUGCGCGCGGAUUCCACGUCGACGUCAUCAAGCCUGACUGAUUAAUCUUAUUUAGUGACUUA